CCUUAAUCUUGUUGAAGUCUUUCAUGUCAAAGCUCAAUCUUAAUCUUGUUUAGCGAAGAAAUUCAAAUUCUCAUUUCCAUUGAAAACCAUAAAACCCCGAUAAAACCCUAAUGCCCACGCCUUUCUGCUCUUUCUCUCUCAAAUCCAUUAUGAUCCAACUUUAAUUUUAAGUUUUUAUUGAAAAUUAGAAAAUUGAAAUGUCUGUAUUCAUAAAAUUAAUUGAGUAUUUUCAAUUUUCAUCAACUUAAAUCAAAAAGAAAAAAUUUCCAAAAAAGAAAGAGGGUAAUCAAAGAUGAGUCAACCCUCAGUGAUUCUUGCAACUGCUAGCUAUGACCACACCAUUCGAUUUUGGGAGGCUCAAACUGGUAGAUGCUAUCGUAAUAUUCAAUACCCAGAUUCUCAAGUUAAUAGGCUUGAAAUAACCCCAGAUAAGCGAUAUUUAGCUGCGGCUGGGAAUCCUCACAUUCGAUUGUUCGAUAUUAAUUCGAGCAACCCUCAACCGGUGAUGAGUUAUGAUUCUCAUACGAAUAAUGUUAUGGCAGUUGGGUUUCCAUCUAAUGGAAAUUGGAUGUAUUCUGGUUCCGAGGAUGGUACAGUGAAGAUAUGGGACCUCAGAGCUCCAGGCUGUCAAAGGGAAUAUGAAAGUCGCGCUGCUGUGAACACUGUUGUCCUGCACCCAAAUCAGACUGAACUGAUAUCAGGAGACCAGAAUGGCAAUAUCCGGGUUUGGGAUUUGACAGCAAAUUCAUGCAGCUGUGAAUUGGUACCAGAAGUUGAUACAGCUGUAAGGUCUCUGACAGUGAUGUUUGAUGGAACCUUGGUAGUCGCUGCAAAUAAUAAUGGAACCUGCUUUGUUUGGCGUUUGUUGAGUGGGACACAGACAAUGACAAAUUUUGAGCCACUUCACAGGCUUCAAGCGCACAAAGGAUACAUCCUUAAGUGCCUUCUUUCGCCUGAAUACUGUGAACCCAAUAGAUACUUGGCAACUACAUCAUCUGAUCAUACGGUCAAGAUAUGGAAUGUUGACAACCGUUUCACCUUGGAGAAAACUUUAUCUGGGCAUGAACGGUGGGUGUGGGACUGUGUUUUUUCUGUAGAUGGUGCCUACCUAAUAACAGCUUCCUCGGAUGGAAGUGCAAAGCUUUGGUCAAUGUCAAGUGGUGAAGUCAUCCAAACAUAUCAAGGGCAUCACAAAGCUGUUGUUUGCUGUGCUCUAAAUGAUGGAGCUGAAGUGUCUUCUUCAUAACCCUUUUACGUUAACUUCCCAUUUUGUAACAAAUAAGUUUCUAAUCUUUGUUAUUGUAUUUCGACUGAUCUGCUUAUGUACAUAGUUUUUUCUUUACAUAGAUUGUCGUAGCAUUGGAAAAGUGAGUUGAAGUUUGAUUUUCACACCAAAAAAAAAAAAAGAAAAAGGUGAGCUCUCUAUUGAAAAUAAAACGCUCAGCCUAAAACGUUCA